AUGUCCAAACGAAAUUCAAAGCCCCAAAGUAAUGCAGAACGAUUAGAACAGCUUAGAACGAGGGUAAUGAUUGAGAAGGAAGGAGUAGGAAGUAUUUCUUCAAGUGAAUUUCCUUAUCAUAGUUCGAAUCGUCACCAAGAUAUUGAUUACAUUAAAGAAUUCAUAAAGAGAUUCAGAGUUAAAAUUAUCAGAAAAGAACAAUAUGACAUGGAGUUUGAUUUAAUUGGGGUCGAUACUGCAAUAGCAAAUGCGUUAAGGCGUAUUAUGAUCGCUGAGGUACCCACAAUAGCGAUAGAGAAAGUUUACAUUUAUAAUAAUACUUCAAUUGUACAAGAUGAAGUACUCGCACAUCGAUUAGAUAUGAACACGAUCGUAUUUAAAAUUGAACAUGAAUGUACGUUCAAUCCUAAGGCUCGAGAAGGUGAAACAGAUCCACAAAAGCUAUAUAUAGGCCACAACCUUUUAUCUGAUUCUUUAAUUUGGAUUCCAAAAGGGGACCAAGAAGAACAAUAUGCAAGUUGCCCCAUCAGACCAGUUCAUAAUGAUAUUUUAAUUGCGCAAAUGAGACCAGGCCAGAAAAUAAAGUUAGAAGCUCAUUGUGAAAAAGGGAUUGGAAAAGACCAUGCAAAAUGGUCACCAGUUGCAACUGCAUCAUACCGACUGAUGCCAGAAAUAAUUUUAAAAAACGAAAUCACCGGAGACUUGGCAGAUAAAUUUGCCGCUUGCUUCACUAAGGGAGUUGUCGAAGUAGAAAAUAGAGAUGUCGGUGAUCAAUUUGUCAAAUAUGCUAAAGUGGUAAAUCCACGAAUUGAUAUGGUCAGCCGAGAAGCUUUGCGCCACAAAGAAUUUGAAGACAUAGUUCAACUUACACGAAUACGUGAUCAUUUUAUUUUUAACGUUGAAUCUACCGGCAUUAUGGAUUCUGAAAAGAUUUUUAUUGAUUCUGUGCAUAUUUUACAAGCGAAAUGUAAACGGCUUUUAACCGCAUUAGAACAUAAAUUGAGAGAACAAGAAAGAGAUCACGAUCAGAUGGAUAUAUACUAA